CCCGGAUAACGUUGCCCGCGCACACAAAUGACAGAAGCAGAUCCUUUGUGGCAGGAUAGAGACGUCCGAUUUGACAUCAGCUUACAGCAGAUGCAGUUGAGGACGGGAGAGGUGCUGGUCGAUCGCCUAGAUUCUGUAGAAGAUACGAAGGGAAACAACGGAGAUAGAGGAAAACUAUUGAUUACGAACUUGAGGUUGAUGUGGUUUUCUCAAGCUGUUCCCAGAGUGAACUUAUCUGUUGGUUACAAUUGUAUUAGCAGUAUUUCGUCACGAUCAGUCACCUCGAAACUAAGAGGCCACACCGAAGCAUUACACAUCCUUACCAAGUGCAACAACACAAGAUUUGAGUUCAUCUUCACCAACUUGGUAGCCGGAUCUCCUCGCCUCUUUUCAUCUGUGCUAGCAAUAGUAAAAGCUUAUGAGAGCUCCAAAAUGUAUCGUGAGUUGAAGCUGCGGGGAGCUCUGCUGCAGAAUAAACAGUUGAAAUUGCUGCCUCAGGAACAGAUCUAUUCAAAGAUUGAAGGUGUUUGGAAUCUCUCUAGUGAUCAGGGAAAUCUUGGAACAUUCUUUAUUACGAAUGUUCGUCUGGUCUGGCAUGCCAACAUGAACGAAAGCUUCAACAUCAGCAUUCCCUAUUUGCAGAUGAAGUCAGUGAGGAUACGGGAUUCAAAGUUUGGUCAAGCAUUGGUGGUAGAGAGUUCACAACAGAGUGGCGGUUAUGUUUUGGGAUUUCGCAUUGACCCACGCGAGAAGUUGAAGGAAGCAGUGAAGGAGAUACAAACACUACACAAAGUGUUUACCGCAUCACCAGUCUUUGGUGUUCAAUUUCUACAAGAAGAAUUUCAGCCUGUUGAAGAGCUCAACAGUUUGCCUGUCGAGGAUGAUGUUGAAGUUGUGAGUGAGCAGCUACCAAGAGAUGCUUUUGCUGCAUACUUUGCUGAUGCCAAUAAGACUUGUGAUCGUGAGCCAGUCUUCUCACCAGAGUUGGGACUAGCAAUCGAGAAACUUCCCGAAGGCUUCACAUUGGCAAGUCUUUGGGAAGUCUGUUAACAAUACAUUUACUGAUAAUUUAGUGACGUCAUCUGGAAGGUGACUAGCAGAUGCUUUUAGUCUGUGGAUGUAUGUACAAAGUAAAUCCAA